AUGCUUUGCUGGUUUCUUGCGGCAUGUGCUUGUGUUGGCACAUCACUAGGUGUCGAGUUUGCCGUGGGCCAGAAAUUCCAGAUCGUAUUAAGUGGCAUCCCAAAUCUCGACACUCCUCUUGUGCCAGCUGAUGCACCUGUCUACGAUAUCGACCUGGAGGGUACAAGUGCGGAGACCAUUACCGCCAUGAAGGCUAUGGGCAAGACUGUCAUCUGCUACUUCAGUGCAGGAACAGUUGAGAAUUGGCGACCAGACGCAAACAAAUUCGCCGCAGCGGACAUGGGAAGCGUGCUUAAAGAGUGGCCGAAUGAACGCUGGCUUAAACUGAGUAGCGACAAUGUUAGGUCAAUCAUGAAGACCAGGAUACAGAAUGCUGCAACUAAAGGAUGCGAUGCCAUCGAUCCAGACAAUACAGUCAAUGAGAACUUGACGCUAAUCAAUGACCAUCUAGAUGGAUAUCAAAAUACCAACGGACUCAAUCUUAAGGAAGCUGACACGAUCGACUACAUGAAAUUUCUGUCCUCAUUUGCUGCCUCCCUAGGCUUACAAACAGGGUUGAAGAACAGCUUGGCAAUACUUCCAAAUAUAUCAAAUAUCGUCCAAUUUGCUGUCAACGAACAGUGCGCUCAGUUCCAGGAAUGCGAACAGUAUGACGAUUUCAUCAAGUCUGGCAAGCCUGUCUUCCAUAUUGAAUACCCAGCCAAAGCACCCCAGGUUACAGACGCCGAAAAAAAGACCGAUUGUCAAUCGACGGGUAUGGUAGGGUUUAGCACGGUUCUAAAGACCAUGAGCGUGGACGGAUGGGUGGGCUACUGUGAUGGCAGUUCAGCAACAACGAGCACCUCACCAGGUGGCGAGCCUCCGAAACCCCCUAAAUCAACUACCACUGCUCCAAUUACAACGCCGCGAACUACAUCAAAGCCUACACCAACUAAAACGACCUCAUCUACUACCCGCAAACCAACCACAACUGCUCCCGGUGGCGGUGGGUCGCCAGGAGGUUGUACACAAAAGCACUGGGACCAAUGUGGCGGGAAUGAUUGGAAGGGAUGUACUGUUUGCGCCGCUGGUUUCCAAUGUAAAGGCGUGUCUCCGCCUUGGUACUAUCAAUGUCUUUGA